GAAAGUCGAAACCCAAAAAUUGGAACCCUUCUUCGUAAAUAUAAACCCUCUUCUCUUGUUUGCAUAUUCUCAUACUCAUUCCCUCUCCAUCCACAAUCCACAUCACUCGUUCUUCUUCUCAACGAAACGACACCACUCCACUCCGCAUCUAUGGCUUUGCCCAAUCAGCCAACCGUUGAUUACCCCAGUUUCAAGCUCGUACUCGUCGGUGAUGGUGGAACUGGAAAGACAACCUUCGUGAAAAGGCAUCUUACCGGUGAAUUCGAGAAGAGAUAUGAACCAACCAUUGGUGUGGAAGUCCACCCAUUGGAUUUUUUCACAAACUGUGGCAAAAUUCGCUUCUAUUGUUGGGAUACUGCUGGACAGGAGAAGUUUGGUGGUCUCAGAGAUGGAUAUUAUAUCCACGGGCAAUGUGCUGUUAUAAUGUUUGAUGUUACUGCCCGAUUAACAUACAAAAAUGUCCCUACCUGGCAUCGUGAUCUUUGUCGGGUCUGUGAAAACAUCCCAAUUGUUCUUUGCGGUAACAAGGUUGAUGUGAAGAACAGACAAGUGAAGGCAAAGCAGGUUACUUUCCACAGGAAGAAGAAUUUGCAGUACUAUGAGAUAUCAGCUAAGAGCAACUAUAACUUUGAGAAGCCUUUCCUGUACCUUGCCAGGAAACUUGCAGGCGAUCCCAACUUGCACUUUGUAGAAUCUCCUGCAUUGGCUCCACCGGAAGUUCAAAUUGAUUUAGCUGCACAACAACAGCAUGAGGCUGAACUUGCUUCAGCUGCUGCUCAGCCUCUUCCUGACGAUGAUGACGAUGCAUUCGAGUAGGACUUUGCGUCUGGGGACCAUCUUCCUGUGUUGCUGUUAUUGUGUAUGCUACAAUAUAUAUGUUUUUUGGGGUUUGUGUUAUUUGAAAUUUCUGGAUGUUGAUUUGAGGAUCUGUAUUCAAUUCCUAUGAGAUGUUUUGCUUAAAUUGAAAA